AUGUCGGCAAAGAUUACUACCAAGUUCGGCGAAGCGGUGCCUCCUGUGUUUCGUCAUUCAGUGACCGUCCACAUGGGCGGGUGGGAGACAGUCGAGAGGUACGGCGACGAUUCUUCCUCUGUCAUUCCUCAGUUCAAAAAUGCCUACCCGCGCAUGAAGCCGCACCGGGAUAUCGUCAAUUCCGCUAGGGAAUGUGUUGCGUACUCCAUCUCCAGCAGGCGAGUCGACAGUAAUGGCAAAAGUCCUGUCUCGCCUGAACAGAUAGAGAUCCGAGCAUUUCACGCCAAGGACCUCUUCUAUGCCGUCAUCUUCCCCCUGGAUCAACGCUCCACCGUGGCCGGUUUCUGGAGCAUUCCCGGUGCCGGUGUGUCUUCCCGAUUCGCAGAGGCAAAUCUCAAGCAAUUAGGGCAGCUCAAAGAGGUACCCGUUACCGAAGAUGAAUAUUCUAGACCAAGAUUUGAUAGUCCGAUCCACCAGGUACUGAGAGAGAGGAUCCUUUCGUAUCUUGAAAGAGCGCCUUUGCACCCUGACCAAGGGCCGCGACCUUCGGCCACGGAUAUCUACUUCUAUCCGACUGGCAUGGCUUCUAUUUACAAACCUCACUCCUACAUGCUCAAACACUCCCAAGGCACCACCGUCCUCUUUGGAAUGGCAUUCAUGAACACCUUGACAGCAUUCGAGGACUUUGGUCCGGGAUGCAAAUUCUUUGGCAAUGGCUCCGACGAGGAUCUUUCCGACCUCGAGGCGUUUCUGGAAGAAGAACGCCGUCAAGGUCGAAAGGUCCAGGCUAUGUGGACCGAGUUUCCGGCAAACCCCCUUCUCGUGGCGCCCAAUAUCGAAAGACUCAGGGCAUUGGCGGACGAGUAUGACGUGGUUCUGGGCCUUGACGAUACCAUCGGCAGCUGGGCAAAUAUCGAAGUUACGGGCCUGGCGGAUAUUCUCGUCACUUCCGUCACCAAAUCCUUCAAUGGUUAUGCAGACGUCAUCGCAGGCAGCGCCAUCCUCAACCCUGCGUCCCCACAGUACCCCAGGCUAAAGUCCCUGUUCGAUGAGCAUUAUGUCCCUGAGCUCUACGUCGAAGACGCCGUGGCUAUCGAGAGAAACAGCCGUGACUACCUCUCUCGCACGGCUCGACUGAACGCAAAUGCCAGCGCUCUCGCUGAAUACCUCCAGUCCUGCGCAGAAGACCCCAACAGCCCCGUUCGCCAGGUUCAUUACCCGUCCGUCAACUCUUCAGGUGUGUACUACAAGCGCUUCAUGCGUCCCGCGACAGACGACUUUGCUCCGGGGUACGGCUGCCUUUUCAGCGUCGAGCUGGACAACAUGCCCACCACUAUGGCCUUCUAUGACAACCUGAACGUGCAUAAGAGCGUCCAUUUGGGGGCACCUUCAACACUCGCAUUUGCAUACACCAUGUGCACCUACAAGAAGGAUUUGCCCUGGGCUGCAAAGUACGGUUUGAAGCCAACACAAAUUAGAGUCUCUGCCGGCCUUGAAGAUACGGAGGUUCUUUUACAAGACUUUAAGAUCGCAGUCGAAGCAGCAACAAAGUGCAAGAAUAAGGCAUCGGAAUUGAUUUGA